AUGUUCUACCAACCCGGAAAAACCGACCACGGCCUGCCUCAUGAUCCAUUCAAGGCAUGCGUCGUCCCCCGCCCCAUCGGCUGGAUCAGCACAACCUCUCCCACCGGAGCCCCCAACCUCGCGCCCUACAGCCAAUUCACAAACCUAACCUUCGACCCGCCUUACGUUCUCUUCAGCAGCAACCAAACCGUAACCGGAGACCGAAAGGACACCGUCGUGAACGCUGAAUCGACCGGCUCCUUUGUGUGGAACCUCGCGACCUGGGACCUGCGCGAAGCGAUGAAUAUCACGGCGCAACAGUUUCCCUAUGGAGUGAACGAGUUUGAGAAGGCAGGGCUGACUGCUGAGCCAUCUACUGUUCUUCCGGUGGAGGUGCCUAUGGUGAAGGAGUCGCCGGUGCGGUUUGAGUGUGUGUAUCAUUCUACGAUGAGGUUGCCGGCGAACCCGCCUAUGGGUACUGUGGAUGUGGUUGUGGGACGAGUGGUCGGGGUGCAUAUUGAUGAAGGGGUGCUUACGGAUGGGAUUCUGGAUGUGAAGAAGACGAAGCCGAUUGCUAGGUGUGGGUAUUUUCAGUAUGCGGUGGUGGAGGAUACGUUUGAGAUGGUGAUUCCGGGGAUGUCGAAGGAUGUGCUUUAUGGGUUGGAGGGGAGUGCGAGGAUGAAUGGGGAGAAGGCGAGGGAAAUGGAGGCUAAGGAGGCGUGGAAGGAGAGGGGGUUGUUGUAG